AUAUUUAUUUUUAAAAUUGUCAGAUUUUUUAAAUUUAAAAAGUGAAUUGUUAACAAAGAAGUUACAAAAUAAUUAAAUGGAAAUAAAUGAUGAAAUUAAUUGAAAUAAAAAUUCUGAUAAUUAUAACUAAUAUAUAGAAGAGAAUAUAAUAUAUACAAGUGAUUUUUCUCAAAUCAGGUGAUACCAAUAAAUGCUAAAUCGAUAAUCAUUAAUUAUUUUACUCAAACGGUUAAAAUUGUACCAUUACUUAAAAAUUGAUCAAUGAAAAGUCAAUCGUGUUGUAAUUUUGUAAUUUUAUAUAAAUGAUAGAAUAAUUUAAUACGACCAGUAAAUAAAUUUCAUAUUCCAUACUAUCGCAGAUAUGGCUGAAACAAAAUCUUUUCCGUUAGAUAUCGUUGAAAUUUCAGUGAAUAACGAUAUCCCUGAAGAUUUAAAAGAUCAAGAAGAAAUAAUGGCGCACGUGCUAGGGUGUAUGACAGUCACUGAUAUUCCAGGAAUAGAAGACAUGAAUAUUAAAAAUAAAAAAGCUGCAAUUAAAAUAAUAACUGAAGCAAAUAAAAUUAUGCUAGCUGAAUCAUCACAAUCUGUGAUAGAAUUGUACUCUAAAGCUAUUGCUUUUGCACCUCUUGGGUCUUACGAACUAGCUAGAGCAUACGGUGACCGCUCGGUUGCAUUGUUCAAUAAAGGGUACUACGAAGAUUGUUUGAAAGAUAUAGAGAGAGCCUCACAAAUCGGUUAUCCAAAUGAAUUGAAAACGGAAUUAUAUACUCGUCAAGCCAAGGCUUUAUGGGCAAUCAAACCAAUAAUGCGGCCUGAAGUUCAAAAAGCAAUAACUAAAGCUCAAUGUUGGAUGUCAGAAAUAGAUGAAACAAGUCAACAAAAAAUUAAAACAUCUUUGAGUUUAUUAUUGAAAAAUUAUUCGUUAAAUGCAUCAUUCAUACACUAUGACUUUAACAAAUUUUUACCAUCAACGCCUCAAGAUAAUCCUCAAAUAGUGGGAGCUUCCAGUGCUAUAGAGCUAAAACAUUCUGAAAAUUAUGGGCGUCAUAUCGUUGCUACAAAAGAUAUUAAAGUUGGUGAAGUUGUUUUUGUACAAAAAGCUUAUGCGCUCAUUAAUUCUCGCCAUCUAUGGUAUAGCCAUUGCUGGUAUUGUUCGAAACGUACAUGGUCUAGUGUAUCUUGUGAGACUUGUGUUCAUGUUAUUUAUUGCAACGAAGAUUGCCGAGAUAAAGCUUGGAACGAAUAUCAUGAUAUGGAAUGUAAAAUUAUAUCUCUGUUAUUGUCAAUGGGUCAGUGUGAAUGGCUUGAUUUAAUGGCUGUAAGAAUAACGAUAAAAGCAAUUAAAGAAGCAGGUUCAUUACAAGCUCUGAAAAAUAAUCUUGUAAAAAUCAAUGAAAUGUCAGAUUCGAUUGAAAAAGUCUUAACUCAUGGCUUACAUGAUCGCUCGGAAUAUUCUACAGUUUAUUCUUUGGUCCAUGAUGUUUCAUUUAGAGAAAAAUCAGAAGUUGAAGGUCUUUUAUUAAGCAGUGUAUACAUUCUUCAUUCCUUUGCUUCAUCAUCUACAUUAUUAGGUGUUGGGAUUAAUGGCAUACGAGACUGUAUAAAUAAUGAGUGGGCAGUUUUUUUAGGAUCGUUGAUUUUAAGAAAUAUACACAUUAGCUCAUUAAACUGUUUUUCUCUGUCUAUGCCAUUUAUUGACAUGAAAAGAGGAGAUUCACUUGGAUCUUUUGCAAGUUUUUUUAAUCACAGCUGUUUUAGCAAUGUGUGCCCCGCACACUAUGGAAACUUAAUGACAUUCCGAGUCACUCGACAAGUUAAGAAAGGUGAACAAUUAUUCAUAUCUUACGGACCAAAUUUUGACGAACUUCCUACAGCCAAGCGAAAAAAACAGCUUAAAGAUGACUAUAAUUUUUUGUGUGAAUGUAUAGCAUGUCGUUAUGAUUGGAAUCCUUCAACUAUUUUUCCAUCUUUGACUAAUAAAUCUGCAUUGACUGAAGUUGAAUCAAAGAUAAAGGAUCUAAUACAAAAAAACGAUAAAACAAUUGUAACAACUAUUCAACCAGUUUCUAAAAGCAACGAGUUAGAUAGUAAUUUAUACACCAUAAAAUCAUUAACUGAUCUUUUAAAUUUAUUCUGUGAAAAUGUAAGCUAUCGAUCUCGUGAAAUGUUAUCUUUCAAGGUCUUAUUGGAAUCUAAUUAUUCAAAUCAUGCUGAUAUUUAUAAUGACAAUGCCUUUAUCAUGAAGAGUAUGUAACACUCGUUGAACAUACUCUUUAAAACUGAAUUAGUGAAAAUUAUUGAAUAUUCACUAUUUGCUAGUGAAUUUAGCUAAUUCACUUUCAGAUAGUAGAUAAAAAAAUAUAUUGUAUUGUCGAAACCAAACUUCAUAAAAUAAUUACAUGUACAUAAAUUUAAAACAAUGUCUGGAUCGAUAUUAAUUAAAUCUGCUCUGAUUACUUGAGUAAUAAGAGAUCUCUAUUCAUUUUAUAUUUUAAAAAUAUAUUGAUACUAAAUUAGACAACAAAAUAUAAAAUAAAUGUUGAAAGUAUUCGAGAAAAUAUUGUUUUCAUUGUUCGCAACUUUGUUUAUAUCACCGAUUAGUGUCUUUUUCAAGAAUAAAAAACCAUUGUCGCUCCUAAAG